AUGGCACCUCAACCACAUAUCAAGUUAUACACAGACUCAACUCCUAAUGGAAUUAAGAUCACCACAGCAUUGGAAGAGCUUGGGCUUCCUUAUGAGCUAGAGCACCUCGACAUCAGCACUCUUCGCCAAAAAGAGCCAUGGUAUCUUGAGAUCAAUCCCAAUGGUCGCAUUCCUGCCAUUGUCGACACAUUUGACGACGGCCAGUCAAUCAGAGUGUUUGAAGGUGGAAGUAUCUUGCAAUACCUGACUGAUCGCUAUGAUCCCGAACACAAGCUCUCGUUUCCCAAGGGCAGCAGAGAGUACUAUGAAUGCAACAACUGGCUAUUUUUCCAGCAUGGAGGCAUUGGACCCAUGCAAGGCCAGGCAUCCCAUUUCCUCCGCUAUGCGCCUACCAAAAUUCAACAUCGCGGCCUUGUCUUGGGUGAUCUUUGGCCCCUAUGUGGACGUUCCCUUGGAUCUGUUCCCAAAUCUGCAAAAGUAUUGGGCAUCAAGAGUGAUGACCCGGAGGGCGCUGCAAAGUACCAGCAACGUCAUGCCGAUUGGGUGUUCAAAGGCAUGCAGGCUGAUCAGCAGGCUUUUGGUCAAAAUUAA